AUGGUGGCCUACCCUGAAUCCCUCACGGACCCGUCCUACGCAGGCCAGAUUCUGGUCUUCACCUACCCCCUCGUCGGAAACUACGGGAUCCCUGGUGACGAGCCGGAUGACCUGGGCCUGUCCCGGUGGUUCGAAAGUGACCGCAUCCAUGUGAAGGCCGUGGUCAUCUCGGACUACUCCUAUGAGCCUUCCCACUAUUCCUGUGUUCGCACGCUCGGGGACUGGCUGAACAGCCAGGGGAUCCCUGGCAUCUAUGGUGUGGACACGCGCAUGAUCACCAAGAUCAUCCGCCAGGAGGGCGCCAUGUUGGGCAGGGUGCUGGUGCAAGGCAGCCAGGACAGCCACCCCAGCGCCAUCCCCUUCGAGGACCCCAACGUACGAAACCUGGUGGCCGAGGUGUCGCGGCCUCGGAAGCAAACCUUCGCCCUCAGCGAUCCUGGUGAUCGCAAGGAUGUGCACAUCGUGGCCGUGGACUGCGGUAUGAAGAACAACAUCAUCCGCUGUUUGGUGGGGCUUGGUGUUCGGCUCACAGUGGUGCCUUGGGAUCACGACUUUACCCAGGAGAGCUUUGAUGGCCUCUUCCUCAGCAAUGGGCCCGGUGAUCCCAGCAAGUGCACGCAGACCAUCCAGCACGUGAGGCAGGUGAUGCAGGAGCGGCCCAACACGCCCAUCUUCGGCAUCUGCCUGGGAAACCAGAUCUUGGCCUUGGCGGCAGGGGCACGCACCUUCAAGAUGAAGUUCGGCAACCGUGGCAUGAACCAGCCGGUUGUGGACCUCCGCACGCAGCGCUGCUACAUCACCGCGCAGAACCACGGCUUCGCGGUGGACGCCCAGUCCCUGCCAGCAGGCUGGGUGCCCUUGAUGGUGAAUGCCAACGAUGGCACCAACGAAGGCAUCGUCCACAGCUCGCGGCCCUGGUUCUCCGUCCAGUUCCACCCCGAGGCCUGUGGCGGGCCCAUGGACACGGACUUCCUCUUCAAGCAGUUCCUGCAGUUCAUCGAAGAGCCGGGGGCCACGGCCGUGACGACCAUUCCCUACUCCAUUCCGCUGAGCUACCGCAAGGUGCUGGUGCUGGGCUCCGGCGGCCUGACGAUUGGCCAGGCAGGGGAGUUUGACUACUCGGGCAGCCAGGCCCUGAAGGCUCUCAAGGAGGCUGGUAUCAUGUCCGUGCUGAUGAACCCCAACAUCGCCACCGUGCAGACGUCGGCGGGCAUGGCGGACCGUGUUUACUUCCUCCCCGUGACCCCCGAGUUCGUGACCAAGGUCAUCGACCGGGAGCGGCCGGACGGCAUCUUCGUGUCCUUUGGCGGCCAGACGGCCCUGAACUGCGCCGUGCGGCUCCACGAGCAGAAGGUCUUCGAGCGCUUCAACGUGCAGGUGCUGGGCACCCCCAUCGAGGCCAUCAUCAAGACCGAGGACCGGGACCUCUUCAGCCAGGUCGUGGACGCCUGCGGGGAGCGGAUUGCCGAGAGCUGCUGCUGCGACUCGGUGCUGCAGGCCAUCCGCGCCGCGGAGCAGAUUGGCUACCCGGUGCUUGUGCGGGCGGCCUUUGCCCUUGGGGGCCUGGGCAGCGGCUUCGCCGACAACGAGAACGAGCUGCGCAAGCUGGUGACCGUGGCGCUGGUGAACAGCCCGCAGGUCAUCAUCGACAAGUCCCUGAAGGGCUGGAAGGAGCUGGAGUACGAGGUGGUGCGGGACAAAAACGACAACUGCAUCACCGUGUGCAACAUGGAAAACUUGGACCCCAUGGGCAUCCACACCGGCGAGUCCAUCGUCAUCGCGCCCUCGCAGACGCUGAACAACGAGGAGUACUACCGGCUCCGGCAGUGCGCCCUGAAGAUCAUCCGGCACCUGGGCAUCGUGGGCGAGUGCAACAUCCAGUACGCCGUGGACCCCAAGAGCUCCCAGUUCAGGAUCAUCGAGGUCAACGCCCGGCUCUCGCGCAGCAGCGCUUUGGCUUCCAAGGCCACGGGCUAUCCCUUGGCCUACGUGGCUGCCAAGCUGGCGCUGGGACACGACCUGGCACAGCUUCGGAACAGCGUGACGCGCUGCACCACCGCCUGCUUCGAGCCGUCCCUGGACUAUGUGGUGGCCAAGGUGCCCCGCUGGGACCUCCAGAAGUUCUCCACUGUGGAUGCCCGCAUCGGCUCGGCCAUGCAGAGCGUCGGGGAGGUCAUGGCCAUCGGCCGGACCUUUGAGGAGACCAUCCAGAAGGCCCUGCGCAUGGUCGACGAGGCGAGCCCGGGCUUCGAUCCGGCGCGCUUUGAGAUCGAGCUGGACCGGCGGGGUGUCAGCACCUCGGGGCCCGAGCUGGAGAGGGAAGUGCAGAAGGAGCUCAGCAACCCUACCCCUGUGCGGCUUUGGGCCGUGGCAAAGGCCUUCGAGCUGGGCAUGGACGUAUCCGACGUCCACCGCCUCACCAGCAUCGACCGCUGGUUCCUCGCCAAGCUCCACGGCCUCCACCAGCUCAAGGUGGCAAUGCGGCGCAUGGACUACUACGACCUCAAGGACCAGCCGGCUCUGCUGCGGGAGGCCAAGUGCCGCGGCUUCUCGGACCGACAGAUUGCAGCAUUGAUUUGUGCUCCGGCGUUGGUGCACAUGGAGAUGUCCCCCAAGCUGCUGCCAGCAGAUUUCGGGGCCAGUCGCUACACCGGCGGCGCAGUCACGGAGGCACACGUCCGGUACUUGCGGAGGAGCGCAGGCAUCGUGCCCAAGGUCAAGCAGAUCGACACGCUGGCGGCAGAGUUCCCGGCGGAGACGAACUACCUGUAUCUGACCUACAGUGGGGAGGAGCACGACGUGGAGCUGCCCGGGAGCAAGAUGUUCGCAGACCUGGACGACCUGUCACCCCACCUGCCACUGCAACCGCUGCAGCCAUCCAUCCCGGAGCCCGCGACGCUGCAUGCCACACCCGGCCAGGCGCACACGACGAAGGCGGAGGAGUCCAGGGUGGUGGUGCUUGGCUGUGGGCCCUACAGGAUCGGCAGCAGCGUGGAGUUCGACUGGUGCAGCGUCUCCUGCGUGCGCACGCUGCGGAAGUUGGGGCACCGGGCCGUGGUCGUGAACUGCAACCCGGAGACGGUCUCGACGGACUUCGACGAGUCCGAUCGGCUCUAUUUCGAGGAGCUCAGCCACGAGCGCGUCAUGGACAUCGCAGAUCUGGAGACGCCCCGGGGCGUGGUGCCCGGGCCAUGUUCAGCACAUGUUCCACAGGCUUGUGACGGCUUGUCGCCGCACGCCGAUAAGGUGGUGUCCGUGGGCGGGCAGACGCCCAACAACUUGGCCCUGGGGCUGCACCGCUGCGGCGUGCGCAUCCUGGGCACCUCCGUGGAGGCCAUCGACGCGUGCGAGGACCGCAAGAAGUUCAGCCAGCUCUGUGACCAGCUGCACAUUGACCAGCCGCAGUGGUCCCAGUUCGCAACCUUGGACGAGGCCCGCAGCUUCUGCCGUGCUGCCGGCUUUCCAGUUCUGGUCCGGCCCUCCUACGUGCUGAGCGGCGCGGCCAUGCGCGUGGUCACCAACGACUCCGAGCUGGAGGUCUUCCUCAAGACAGCGGCCGUGGUCAGCCGCGACCACCCUGUGGUGAUCUCCAAGUACAUCUCCGGCGCCAAGGAGGUGGAGCUAGAUGCGGUAGGUAAGGCCGGCGAGCUCGUCAACUACGCCAUUGCGGAACACAUUGAGAACGCGGGUGUGCACAGCGGAGAUGCAUCCUUGCUUCUUCCGGCACAGCGGCUGUUUGUGGAGACACACCGCAAAGUGAAGAGCACCACGGUGGGGUAUGCCCUGAAGAUUUCGGGGCCCUUCAACAUCCAGUUCAUCUGCAAGGACAACGAGGUCAAGGUCAUUGAGUGCAAUUUGCGGGCCUCCCGGUCCAUGCCUUUCAUCUCAAAGACCUACAACGUGAACUUCAUCGAGCUCGCGACCCGCAUCAUGGUGGGCAUGCCCGUGCGCCCGGCGAUCAUCCAGCCCAUGGACAUCGACUUCGUGGCCUGCAAAGCGCCCAUGUUCUCUUUUGGCCGGCUCAAGAACUCAGACCCGCGGCUGGGUGUGGAGAUGUCCUCUACCGGUGAGGUGGCCUGUUUCGGCGUGAAUGCCCACGAGGCGUUCCUGAAGAGCAUGGUGGCCGCCAACUUCAAGCUGCCAUCACAGGCGAUUCUGAUCUCCCUGGGCCCCAAUUGGGCCAAAAGCGAGUUCGUGAGCUCUGGGGCAGCGCAGCAGCUUCUGGAGAUGGGCUACACCCUCUAUACCACCAAGGGAACGCAUGAGCACUUGGCAGGUGCGGGCGUCAAGAGCAACAUGGUCUUCAAGCCGCUGGUGAAGCGGGAGCCGAACGCAUCCACACUCCUGCAGGGCCGCAAGAUCGACCUGGUGAUCAAUGUCCCGGACUCCAUGGACUCGGACGCACUCACGGACGGCUUCCGGAUCCGCCGGGGCGCCGUGGACGCUGGCACCUCGCUGAUCACCGACAUCAAGACCGCCAUCUUCAUGUGCCACGCCUUGCACCGGAAGUGGACAAGGGAGACGAGCGGCAAGCCCUUUUGGGACAUCUGCUCCUGGCAGGAGUACGUGGAGAUCGUGGAGAGGCUGAGCUGA